CCGUUGUUUUAAGCCAGACAGAGAAAAUUGUGAACCUGUCCUUUAGUGGCUCAGAGUCACUCUUCACACCAGUUGGUGGAGGCAAAGCACCAUCUCGCUGUUUGCCAACAGCCAAACGACACCACGAAGUAGAGGGAGGACGACUACGACAUGUCGUAAAAAUUCAGUUAACAACAGCUAAACCGAGAUGGACGCUGCUACAGACGCCUGACAGUUGUAUCCUCAUUGUUGUAUCUGAAAUGUGUAUGUAGUGACGCCAGGCUUCGGCACACAGGGGUUGUGAAAAUGGAGGCCAUGGAAGACGAUAGUUUGGACAUAAAAGACGACCACAAUCACAACUACUGUGCGAGCAGCAGCAGCAGUAAAGUACGCUCGUAUCUGAGCAGCCAGCUGUCGGUCCCGCAGCCAGUCUGUCCGGCGCUGCCCGGAGGAGAAGCGGGGUCCCGAAGGGGGAAGCUGCGGUCCGGCAGCAGCACCGCUGCAGGGUCAAAGUUCGUGGACUCGGAUUCAGGCAGUGAGAGCAGCGAGGUCAGUGAGACGGACUGCUCGGCUGCACCGGCCGCUGUCGAGGGGAAAUUCACCCUCGACUCGACUUCCAAGUUCCUUCUGAAUGCAAUGGCUGUAGAAGACUACCGGAAAAACCACUGGCCAAACCUGGAGAAGGCAAUCGACCGUCUGCUGAUUCAGAACCCCACAGACCACAUCUCUGUUUCAUAUGCACAGAUAUACAGUUAUGUCUACAAGUGUGUUUGUCAGCAGCACUCUGAGCUGCUCUACAAUGAUUUGACAUCCAAAAUAACAAGUCAUCUACAACAAGUUUCCACCCAACUACAAGCCAGCCCACCUGAAAACUUCAUUGAGACCUUCAAUGUUGCGCUGACUCAAUACACAGCUUCUCUUCAAUGUAUAGUUCCUGUAUUUAUGUACUUGAACAAGUUCUACAUCGAGUCAAAGCUGAACAGAGACCUAAGAGAGGAUCUGAUGAAGCUGUUUGCUGAUCAUGUUGCAGAAAAACAUGUCAACACACUGAUGCCUCUUCUCAUUAAAGCUCAUUCCAUGCCGUUUGAAGUGCAGCCAUCAACAAUGGCUAGUGUGGUUAAAGGCCUCUACAGCCUCCGACCAGAGUGGGCCCAUUUAGCUCCAGCUCUCUUCUCCGGAUUUAUUCCACAAAUCAACCCUCCUGCUGUGGAAUCUCUGCUGUCCGACUAUGCUGCUCACGACCAGAAGCUGCAGAUGGAGCUCUCCAUGAACGGAUUUCCAAGAGGGGACCAGUCUCGCAAGCGGGCCAGCGAUGACUCCUGAUAGGAGGGUCCAGCAUCAGAACUAUUACUGUGCCUCCUACAUCUUUAUCACAUGUUGGCUCACUGCACUAGGUACAAUGUUAACAAUGUGUCAGUUUCAUCUCUCUCGACUCAAGGUCACUAAACACUGUGAAGAGCAAAGAUAACAUGACGUUGAGCAGAAUCUACCGCACUAAAAAAAACACAGAGUUGCAUACGAUGCUCUCCUCUGUGACUCUGAUGCACCCAGCUUCAGUAUUUGUGGAGACGCCGCCGUGGGCGUCGAGAUUCAUGUUUUCCUCAUUUUUCAGAGUGCCUUUAAUGGUUCUGAUUGGGUAUCCUAAUCGAGGGAUAGGCUGAUAAUGGGUAUUUCAUUCCUAACCUUUAACAUAGACGUGUCUUGCGUCGUUUUGAUAAGACUGGGCUAAUUAAGACUUUCUACUGCUGCUGCUAAUAACACUGUCCAUGUGUUAAUACUACAAAUCUCCUGGUUUCACCCACUGUGUCUGUAACUACCGGGGCUUCACUCGACUCAAACGAGUGUGGGAACAAGGGGAACUAAGUCAUUAGACCUCAACUAUGAUUCUCUUCUUCAUGUUGCCUUUACUGUGUUGGUAAACCGGAUUGUAUUUUCCAGUUCCGCCAAAGAGGACUUGCCGUUGUUUUUUUUUGUUUGUUUUGGGUUGUUUUUUUUUCUUCUUUUACAGCGCAUUGGAUUCAAGCUGACAUUGUUAAUGUUGUAUGCUGUCUGAGUCACUGAGCCAAUUUUUCUACUAACAAGUUUUAAGCUUUGGUUGACACAUUUCUUUGUUAGAUUCAAGUAAAAUCAUAAUUUCAAACAUAAUUUCUGUUCGUUUUUAGCCUUGUGGGUAGGAAGGACAGGGAUUGCCACGUAGGACAUUAAACCGAGUGCCAGAAAGCUCAGACAAACACAGAAAAGUAUUUGAGAAUUUCUUAAUUAUACUUCAGUUUGUCUGACAACUUACCUGCAUCAUCCCUUAACUGUACAUAUAUUGAACCCAAGGCUUCAGAAACUUCACCAAACAAAUUAUAUGCAAAUGUUUGGCCCAAGGUCUGGCACACUUGUACAUUAAAUGUUUCUAACAUGUAUAGCUUGUUCAUGAUGUAAAUAGUUUUUGUCUUUGCAGUGUGGUCGGCGUACACUAGCUUUUGUCACAGAUGCAUUUUUGUUUAACGAUUCACUUGAACAGAAGGAUUUGAUACAAGCUCUUACACUGUUUUAAGUGUGAUUUAGAUGCUCAGGCUUGCUUUUCGUUUCUGUCUGUGGGUCUUGGAAAUGGUUCUCAUUGUCUAUCAAAUACAUUAAUUUUAUUAAUCAUGGGACACGGGGAUGAAUUUAUUUUCCACUCUUUGCAGAUUUACUGCUGGGUGAAACUAUGAAAUUGUAAAUGAAGUCAAAUAAAAUCAGAAUCACUGCAGAUGCCAAACACUGGAUGUAUUAUGUUACUUUCUGAGAUUUUUUUUUUUUCUUUAACGUGCUGCAAAAAAUAUCAAUGUUAACACAACUGUGAAUAAAAUUCCACUUGGCUCAAAUGCUGUUUCAGAAA